UCUGGUGGCCAUGGACGACGGGACAUUGGAUCAGGGGAGACAGGCAGGGGGAGUUACUAAAAAAGGGGGCGGCGAAUACUUGGGCUUCUGGUUGCCCAUCAACGGGAACAUGUCAACAAUGGGGGGAGAGGUACAACUUCUUAAUCUUUUAUCCUCCUGGGCGCCUACUUAGGUAGAUAGUACUAUGUAGCUAGUCAGUUUGCUAGUCUGUAGAAGGAGAAU